AAUGGUUUUGAUUUUUUAACGUUCAGUAUUUUUCUCACGGGCUUUUUUUUAUUUCGGCUUAUAGCCGCUAUUCUAGUUAAUUUUCCCAAGACCGUUAUGUCUAUUAUAUUCAAGUGGGCUUAUUGCAGUUCAGAUGAUCUCUGAUUGUUCGUCUUGUGAUCGCAUCGCCGAAAUUUGUUAUGUUAUUUACCCAGUGUCACACCCUGUUCACCAUCCUGACACUGUCAAUUACGGUGAAAACCAUCAAUGGCCAAGAUUACAGGUACCAAACGUACGGUGGCGAUAACUAUUCUCCGCAGUCGCCACAAUCGGUUAAUCCGUACAACCCACAACUAAACCAAUAUGGUCAACAGAACAAUUACCAAAAUCGGCCCUACAAUCAACAGGGCCGCUCAGGAACUCCUUCGUAUAGACCAAAUGGCUAUCCAGGCUAUAAUUAUCCGGUGAGUAGCCACUUACCUACUUCUGUUUUAUACCUAUUUAAAAUCAAAUUAAACCCAUAUUGAAAGAGGUCUAUCUAUAUUUUGCUUGCUACCAGCUAUUUUACAUCUGAUUUAUUUAUUCAAUGUAUAUAAUUUAUGAUGAUUAUUUACAGGGCGAUGAAACAAUAUUACUACCUGGGAUUCUUGGCCGGUGGCGACCUGAUUUACAAGGAAAAGAAAGGCCAGAUUCUAAACAAUUAGACAGGGAUGUAUUUGUGUCCACAAAAUAUGGCCAAGUACAAGGUUUUAAAGUGCAUCUUUAUGAUAAUCCCCUACCUGAGAGCGGUUAUAGGCCCUUUCAAACUCCUGUUGAGAGGGAACAAGCUAAAGUAGCUGUGUUCUUGGGUAUACCAUAUGCAGCGCCUCCAAUAAACGAAGGCAGAUUUCGUGUAAGGUUUAUAACUAAUUUAAAUAAACUUAUUAAAUUCUAGGUAGGUUCUACUUGUACAUUACUCAAAUGUAGUAUAUUAUUGUUUAGCCCCCACGUCCUCAUAAAGGUUGGCAGAUACAUCAAGCAGUUGAUUUUGGACCGGCAUGCCCUCAGCCUGCUGCUUACAUAGGCAUUACCAAAGGUGUGCCUAAAGUCGAUGAAGACUGUUUAUAUUUGAAUAUAUUCAUGCCAUCUGUAAGUUUAUUUUAUACUUUUUAUACAACAUGUAAAUAAAAAUGUAUUGAGAAUUGGUGAUUUUUUUUAAUAAUAAAGACAGAUGUUGCCCCAGCCAAACCAUAUCCUGUUAUGUUUUAUAUCCACGGUGGUGAUUUUGUUCACGGUUCAUCCAAUUCUUUUAAUGGACACAUGAUGGCAGCAUUUUAUAAUGUUGUUGUUGUAGCAAUUAAUUAUCGUUUAGGUGCUUUGGGUAGGUUAUCAUAAAUUUUAAUAUUUAAUGUAAAAUUUGUGUUAUAAUAUUUUAAUUAUUUGUAGGAUUUUUGAGUACUUGUGAUGAAAAUUCACCGGGCAAUUAUGGGAUUAUGGACCAAGCAAUGGCUCUUCGCUGGGUGUAUGAUAAUAUUGAAUUUUUUCUUGGUGAUCGAAAAUCUAUUACUUUAUUUGGACCGGAUGCUGGUGCUGCAUCAGCUGGAUUGUUGAUGGUUAAUCCUAAAACUAGUUUUAUGGUUUCAAAAGUUAUUGCUCAGGUAAUUAAAAUAUGUCAAUUUGUUUUAACUUAUUCCUGUUUCUUCUUAAAUGAAAGUAUAAAAACAAAAAAAAAAAUGUUUAUACAACUAUGUCAAGAGUUGUGCAUGCAACUUAUGACAUUACCUUUUUUUUAUCAUAUUUAUUUUUAAAAUUAUAAUUAUUAAUGAUUAUAUUUAUUAACAUUUUAACUUGAUUUUCUAGAGUGGUUCAGCUCUUGCAGAUUGGGCACUUAUAAAAGACAGAUGGAGGGCUUUGAAUACAACCAAAGUAUAUGCUGCUCACAUUGGCUGCAGUACUGAUUCUACAUGGAAAAUUGUUGAUUGUUUGAAACGAGGUAGGAGUUUUUUGGAACUUGGAGCAGAUUUUAAGGUAUGGAUAAUAAUAAAAAAAAAAAUUAAUUAAUUAUAAUUAAAAAUGAUUUUGAUGCAAUUUAUUUAGCCUCAAAUUGGUUUUAAUGCUUGGGGACCAAUAAUUGAUAAUGAGUUUUUGGUACCUAAAAGUGAUUGGUACGAUGGUUGGCAACAAUCUGAUUGGCAUUUUAUUAAUGAUUCUGUUGAAAGUGCCAUCCAGUCAGGUCGUUUUAACAAAGAUCUCAGAUACUUAAGUGGUGUUACCACUCAAGAAGCAGCAUAUAUAUUACGUGAGAAUAUUAUUUAUGCAUAUUUGAGUAAAUAACAUCAUUGGUAACAAUACUAUUUUCUUUGGUAGAUAAAAAUAAAACUUAUUCAGUAACUGAAGAACUGUUUAACAAAAAAGUUAGAGAACUAGUUCUUCAAUAUAAUUAUACACUAAAUCCUUCUGGAGUUUUCCAAGCGAUUAAAUAUUUAUAUACUUAUUGGCCUGAUCCAUUAGAUCCAGAUUCAAUAAGGAAUCAGUAUAUAAACGUAAGACAAUUUAAUUUUUAAAUAAAUAAAUAUUGUAUUUUUUUUUUUUUUGUUUAGAUGUUAUCAGAUUUUUUGUUUGUUGCUCCUCACGAUCAAAUGUCUAAAUUACUUGUGGCUGAAAAUAUUCCAGUGUAUUUGUAUGUUUUAAAUACCACUGUUACAAGUAUUCCAUCACCUGAUUGGAGAUUGUAUUCACAUGAUACAGAGUAUUACUUUUUAACCGGUGCUCCUUUUAUGGAUAAUGGUAAUUUAUAGUUUUAUGUAUAUAAUAAUUGUUUUUUUAUUGUUAUUAUUAUGGAUAAAAUAAUAUGUUUAGAGUUUUUUCCUCGUUCACCAGUUGUGGAAAAAAGAAAAUGGACUGAUAAUGAUCGUAACAUGAGUCAUUUUUUCAUGAAAGCUUAUACAAAUUUUGCAACUUAUGGGUAAGUGAUUAUUUGAAUAAUGUAUAUAUUUAUAAAAUUUCAACAAGCUCUAAAGAAGAAAAAUUACCAACAAAUACAAAACAAAAAUCCCAUUCCAAAUUCUUAUAUAUUAUAUAUCUUUUUAAUUAACAAUAAAAAUAUUAUAUUAAAAUUAGGAAUGAUAGGUAAUCAAUAGUACAUAAAACUUUUUUUAUCAAAUUACUAAAAAAAGUACCUUUACCUGUCUAACAAAGUGUUGUGUCAGGUCCACAGCCAGUGUACAAGUCUAGCAGUAUGAGAAGUUUUAAACAAGACUUUAGCCGAUUUGUAUUCCAUCUCAGAUGUGUGUGAGGACAGCAGAUGAUGGAGGUACUAUGAUGCAUGAUGUGUUUACAGAUGAUAUUGCUUUGAUAGGAGAAAACUGAAAUAAGUUAAAAAUAACUUUGAGGAAUGGAGAGGAGUACUUGAAAAAAAACUGACUAAAGAUAAGUAGAAGUAAAACAGAGUAUGAGUUUGGAGGAACAGGACAUGACAGCUAACGAAAAUAAAGAUAACAUAAUUGAUGAGCUUAAGAAUUUUAAAUAUUUAGGACCUUUGUACAAAAGGCUUUAUUGAGGAUGUGAAAUACAAGAUUAAGUGUGGUUAGAUAAAGAGAAACAUCAGGUGAUUUAUUUAAUAAGACUUAAAGUUAGGCUCUAUAAUGUGGUAAGACUGUUGUAUGUUUCACAUUAUUGGGCGUAGUCAGAAAAAUAUAACAGAGAAUGAAUUUAGCAGAGAUGAGAAUGCUUAGGUGGAUGUGGUUGAGUGGAGUGAUAAGAGAAUAUAGGAUAAGGAAUGAAUAUAUAAGAGUGGCUUUGAUUUUAGACAAAAUGAAAAAAAUUAUACUUGGGAUGGUUUGGAUAUGUCAUGGGGUGAGAAGAAUCUAAAAAAGUUAAGAUAUGUAAUGAAAAUAAACAUAGGAAAAAAAAAGGGAGGAAGAAUUACAAAAAAAAUAAAAAAUAUGUAUUACAGUUAAAGAAUAAAUUCAAUGGACGAAUUGGCAAAGUUUAAACUAUUUUUCAUGUGGAUUUUAUUAUUUUAUUUUACCCCUCUAUUAAUAUUUAAAUACAUUUUUGCUUUUAUUAUUUCAGGAAUCCAAGCCAUUCUCAGAUUUUAGGUAUACAUUUUGAUAUGGCAUACAAAGGUAAUCUAAAAUACCUAAACAUUAACACAACAUACAAUGCGACUAUUAAACAAAAUUAUAGACAAAUGGAAUCUGCAUUUUGGUCAGAGUAUUUACCCACUGUUAUUGGUAUUAUUGUACCAACAUAUCCCCCUACCACAGAAGUAAGUUCUUAUAAUUUAUAUGUAGAAUAUAAAAAAAAAAAAUUAAAAUUAAAUAUAAAAAUAUUGGUAUUUAUACUAGAGCUCACUAUUUCAUGUUUUUUCGCAUAUUUUGGUAUAAACGAGUAUAUUGAAUUUCCAACAUAUAAUAAUAAUUAGUUUAUUAACUCGACAUUUGCAGUGUAUAAAGGCCGGUGAUCUAUUAAUAUUUCCACUAUAGUACCUAGGUACUACCAUGGCUAAAUUUAUUUAACCAUGGGUACUACAUAAUGAUAACUUAAUAUUCGUGAGUACGUAAAUAACACUAGAACAUGUAACACAGAUAUUAAAUUCAUGUUUAUUAAUUAUAUGUGAAUACAAAUUUUUCAUUCACAUGUGCUCUGAGUUCACAUAUAUAUCAAAUCACAUUUUAAAUUAAGAUCCCCUAAUCUAUACCUUUGAGGUUUAUAAAUUGAAAUGAUGUACUUAUUACUCUUUAUUUUAAUAUAGUUUUGGUGGGAACCUAAAACUCCAAUUCAAGUGGCAUUUUGGAGUCUAUCGGGUCUCAAUAUGAUUUUAGUCGCCUUAACAGUGAUGCUUUGUAUUUUGUGGUGCAAUGCUAAAAAGUAAUUGAUAUAAUGACCAAUAAUAUGAAUUUAUAAUUAAAAAAAUAUUUGUUUUUAGAUCAAAGGAUCAUUAUUAUAAUGGUGAUGUGUUGGUUGUUAGAGAAGAACCAAUAGCAAUGAGUCGCCAAGGUAUCGAUAAUCGUAGUAUAACCAGUAAUAUAUAUGAAUAUCAUGAUGCACCUAUUAAAACAUUAAAUGCUUCACCUAAGAAAACUGCAUCGGCUAGUACUCUGAGAACAAAUAGUGCAGCUUCUAUGAGGGAUCAUCCAAUGGCCAUAAGUAAUAAACCUAUACCACAAACUCAGGUUUGAUUAAUUCUAUAGUCACAUUUUCACAGUGUUGAAUAGUAACUGUUUUACAUAGGGUACAUAUCAUUACCAAUCUCUGUUGGCCCCAUCACAAACAUGAGCUUUUCUCUUUAUUAGAUUUCUUUAAAAACUAUAAUAAUUAUUUGAUCUAAACAAAUACUGUCAGUACUUCAAAUGCUUAUUAAUCAAGAUCAACACAUUCUACAACGAUUCUAUACAUUUAUUAGAACAUUUUAAACAAUUACAAUUUGAACUAUAUGCGAGGUCUGUUAAAAAAAUGUACAAAAUGUCACAGAAAAAAAUGUGACAUAAAAAAAUUACUAUACAAUUUUUAAAAUUAAAAUUUUUUUUUUGUCAAGUUAUCAUAUUAUUAAAUGAAUGGUUAAACUUUAUAAAAUUUUAUUAUGAUGAUGAAUGCUUAAAUAAUUUAAAAGUUGAACUAUAUAAUGUAAUGCUGGUAGCAAAAAAAAGAAAAACCAAGGACUCUGAAGAAUAACUAAUAUGAUUUGACUAGGUAAAUAAACUGUAUAAAUGAUAACUACAAAUUUAAGAAAUUAUUAUUUUUAAUCUAACCACUGUAUAUAACUGUAUCGCUGUUUAUAAAUCACACUAAAUAGAUUACCUAAAUUAAAUUACUAAAUAGAAUAAAAAAUAAAAAGUUGAUUGUUGUAUUUUUACAUAAUUUUUAUGCAGUGACAUUUUUAAUCAUGAUAUUAUUUUUGUCACAAAACAAUAUGUACUUUAUAAGUGAUAUAUCUAGGUCCCCUUCAAAGAACUCCUCUUUGAUGCACAUUCAUCAUAAUAUAUCUAUAUAUAUUACUUUAAAAUGCUCCCAUUGUUUUUAAUAAUCCGGACACUGCUCAAUGUAAGUACAAAUUGUCUCCAAAGGAAUUUUGCAGUUGCUUUCAUAAUGCUACACUUGAGCGAUUAUUUAUUAGCUUAUUUGGUUUCUACAAGCUCUCCUUUAAAAUGAUCCAUAACCCAUAAUAGAAUGGGUGUCUUGGUUUGCAGAAGACCAGUCUUUUUUUUAUGUAAUUGAAUUCACCGUUUUAAUAUUUAUUUUUUUUUGACACUUAAGCAUGAUCUUUUUAACUGUCUUUUCUCAAUUGGAUCAUUCUUAAUAAGUGAGCCCUCUUUUCUCCUAGCAUGAUUGGUCCACAUUAAUCUUCUCAUCAUUCUUGUGAUGUCUAGUCUUUUUAGCAAGUUCUUCAGUUAUACAUUUAAAAAAUACAUAUACUUUUACGAAUAAGUGGACUUGGAGCCACAUAGUUAAGAAUAAUGGGAUUUUAAAAAAAAAGUUUAAAAAGAAAUCUUUGAACAAAGUCAAUGUAAAGUUUUUAUCCAAAAUGGAAAAUAUUUUAUUUUACAAAAUUCUGUAGUUGCAUUCUGAUGAUAUUAUAUUACGAUAACAAUAAGGAAAUUAAUUUUGAAGUGAGGAAAAUGUAUUUAUUUACAAAUGUCUACAUAAAAUAUGUGUAAAAUGUUUUACACUGUGAUAAUGGGAAAGCCAAUAAACUAAACCAGUAUUACAAACUGAUUAAUAGUUUUGUUCCUAUUCAAAUGUUGAACAUAAGAACAAUUUAUUUUAUCACAAAUUACAAAUUUGUAUUGAUUUUAUAUAUAAUAAAAUUGUGCUGUCCACCUUUAUUCUAGUACUAGGUAAUAUCUAGUGUAAUAUUAUUUUUAUUAGUUAACUAUCCGUCCAUAAAAAAUUGUAUAUAAUUUAGUUCUUAAACAAAUCCGUCCGUAUUAAGUUAAAAUAUUAUUUAUACAUUAUGUACUUUUGAAAAUGUUUUACUAAUUCAUUUUUUUUAAUACAUACAAAUUAUGUUUUAAGUAUAAAACUAAACAGUAUUUUAAUAAAAAUUAUCUGUAACAAAUUAAAUUUAAAAAAACUUAAAUUAGAAAUCGGCAUAGUAUAAUUUACAUCUAACUUUAGUAACUUGAUUACUAAAGAUACUGUAACUUAUUCAGUUACUGAAAUUGAGUAUCUUGCAUAGUUUAAAAUAUUAUAUAUAUAGAUGUAUAGAUGUUAUAAUUUAAAAGUAAUAUUUUAUAAUUGUUUAAUAUGUUACAUCAAUAUUGAACUCCAUGUGUACGUGCUCUAUCCAAUUAUAAAAAUUUUAUUUCAAAUUAAUUAAUUAAUUGGUUUGUGUAAUUUUCUAAAUAUUUAAUUGAACUUCAAGAAUAUAUUUUAUUUAGAUAAUUUGUCAGUAAUGCGUUACUUGUGGAGUUUCAAUAUUUGAUUUGUUAUUUAGAUUUAAUUUAGAAUUUACCGAUAAAGUAAAUUUAAAGUAAAUAUAAACAUCACAGGGGAAAUAUUAAACAUACAUUAUUAUUUUUUAUUUCAAAAAAUUCCAAAUUCAUAAAUAAAAUUAAAAUAUAACUGUUUAUAUAUAAUAUAUAUAUGUAGGUUAAAUAGAACAUUGUUAUACUUUCAAAUUGUUUAUAUUUAUAUAAUAUUGUUUAUUUAUUAUUAAUGCGUUACCAGAAUGAUUAAUAAAAAUUUGAUUAAAUUAAUACUUUUAAUUUAUUUAAUACAUUACUUACAAAGUUAAUUUGACAAUAAUAUCUCAUAAUGUAAUUACUAAUUAUAUGUAUUCUGUUAAACAAUUUGAAUUCUAACGAUAAUAUUAAUGAUCAAUUCUUUAUUUUUAUAUACAAUUUACCUAUUGUGAAACAUGUUUAAUGUGAUAAUUAUAUUGGUAAGAAUGUGUUUUGUUUUCAAGAAAUAAUUGAUUUAAAAAAAUAUAACAAUUUUAAGUAUACAGAUAAUAGGAUCCAAGUAUAUGGUAUGAUUCCACUAUAAUUGCUAUACCUAAUGCUAGUAAAUUUUAUAAUCAAUAAUCAAUUUUAUUACUUAUACAAAAUAUAAAUCUAUACUUUGGUUUUUAAAUUCUGAGCAGAGUGAGGGAUGUAUUGAUGUAUUGGCUUUACAAAGAAGUUUAUUAUUUUUUUUUAUCUGUGACCAAUUUAUCUACCAGAAAUUUUGCUCAGAUUUUCAAGCAUAGCACUUUUUCUAAAAGAAAAUCUUACUAGGCUGAUACUUUUAGGAGGUCAUUUAAUUGUAAGUAUCAGUAAUAAAAUUUUACAGCAUUACCAAACAUGCAUUACCGAACUCUGUUCAGAAUACGUUUUUUUUAAGUAAAGAUUUCAAUUAUUACGUACAGAUAUACAUUAAAUUCCCCUCUACAUCGUACUUUCUCAACUUCUCAUCUACAAUAGUGGCUCACCCAUCAUGCAAAAUAUGUCACAAUCAUUUUUUGUUAAUUAUAAAAUUAUUUUUAAAUAACUAUGAUAUUACUUCUAAUAUUUUGAAUAUUUAAAAUUUCAACAAAUCCACAAUAAGGCUGACUUUUGGUUUUAUUACUAUUAUUAACCAUUUUUAUUUUAUGAAGAAAAUAUUAUUUCAAAUAACAGUACAACAUCUGAUUUGACCAAUAUUUUGUUUACACAUUGAAACUAGUAAACUUCCUAUAGGCUACCUCAAAAACUUAAAUCAUAUCAUUUUGUUUUGUAUAAUUUAAUAAAUUCAGAGUGUAUUAUUUAAAUUUUGUAUAAAUACUAUAAAAUUAAAACAGACAUUUAAUAAUAACUAAAUGAUCUCUGAUAUAGGUUUUAUUACACCAAUUUAUAAUUAUAUUUUUUUUAAAAAAUAAUUUGUGUUUUAUAAUAAUUGAUAAAUUUAAAUAAAUUAUAUUUUUUUAAAAAAUAGGUUAGCAUAUGUGUUUUUCAAUGAGAUUUUAUUAUACUAUUUGGAAC